AUAGCAAAGGAAGAGGCUACGCUGUUGGAAAAGGAAAGCCCGCAACUGGCGACUGGUGCUACUCCGCAGGAGGGAGUGGCCCGGCAGCUUUUGGAGGGAAGCAGCAGUACUAUCAGACAGAGUGGCCGACCGCAAAAGGUUACAGCGGCGGCGCGGAUGCACUCAAGGGCGCUGGCAAGGGCGUCAAGGGAAAAAUGUGGAAAGGCGGCGACGGAUACCCUGCUGAUAUUAGCGUAGCGGGAAAAGGGCCUGCGCUUGGGCACGCAGAUAGUUAUACACCGCUUGAUACUGCACACGGAAAGACUUUUCAGGUCGCUGGCAAAGGUCGACUCGAGCAGGACGUUGUCCAGAAGGGGUGGAGUGCUUCGACAAGCAAAACGCAGGCUCAGGGGAGAGGCUCUUCACAAACGGCUAAAGCUGCUGCAGGGUCAGAUCAAAGCGGAAUGCGAGGGGCGGCUGUUGAGUCUUCCGGUUGCGCCGCGGGGAAGCAAAAAGCUUGGCAGGACAAAGGUGGCCCAAAUUCAGUGACGGAAGUGCAAUCAGGCACCAAACAGACCUCGAAAACAGUAAAGCCAGCCGUUGAACUCUCUGCAACCUCAACGUCGCGAGAGCUUGUCAAAAAUGAGGACAUUGCGUCGGCUCCAGGCUCAUCAAAGCAGGAGGAAACACGGAACAAGCAGGGGCAGUCGAAACGUGCAAAACAAAAAACUGGCAAGAAUAAGCAGCCUGCGACGGCUUCCGAAGAGGCAGAGAAGGCCGCAGAUAUGGAGGCUCGUAUGGCGAAACUGUCACCGCUAGCGAAGCUGCAAAUCGAUGAGCUUCUUGCGACAAGCAAGGCCAUAAUCCGCAAUACGGUGUCUACCUCGAAGAAGAAGAAAGCGCAGCUGAAAGCUGAUUUAGCUAAGCAGAGAAAACUGCUGCACCCACUUAGCGAGGCGGACCUUCUGCGGUUGGAGGCGAAGAGUGCAGAGGUUGACGAGUACAGAGCAGGCACGCGUGACGAGUUUCGCCUCGGUGAUGGCGUUAUUGUCAGGCGGACACCCGAAAGUCGCAUGCGCAAGCGCUUCGGCAUUCGUGGGCUGGACGCAAUACGCCCUCGCCGUCGGCGGCAUUAUCGCUUCGCUUGUCUCUACGACGUGCAGGUGCAAACUGAAGAGUUGGAGUUUACCGUGGUUUCGCGCCUCGGCGGGAACGACGGUGAGAACCUCAGAACAAUUACACGAACCAACAUGGCUGUACAUCUGCGACUCGAGGGGACACAAGACGGAGAGCCUCUAGUCAUCGUACUAUAGACUUUCACUUGCCUGCUAGUGUUCCAGUAUAACUCAUCAACCUAUAUUAGAAAUUGAGAGGCUUGACUGUGGGACUCGUAGGAGCCGGAAUGAGGUCAAACAAUAUGAUACUUAGCAAUUUUCUUUAUCGUCAAUUCACUCAACGAACUCAGCACGUGGAAACUAGUGACCAAGCCUCGUAUGAGUAUGCCUGCCGUGAUGUGGAGAAGAUUUUACUAAAAGUGUAUCGGCAGCUGGAUAACUGGGCAGUCGACAAGGAUCACGUGAUCCGCAAUAUCUGCUUAGAAGUUCGAAAACUGGAGAAAAGAACGGACUACGACUCCAUCCUGGAAGCCGAAGAGAGAAAGAAGCAGGAAGCAGAUGCGCGCGUGCAAGAAGCUAAGAAUCAAGCAAAGAGUCAGAAACGCUGCAAUACCUUCAAUCUGCUGCAGACCAAUCCAAUUGUUCAAGCAGUUGGACCCGCAGCCACCGCGGACAUGGAAAAUCUUAUACCGAGCAAACCACAUAAACCACUGUUUAGCUUCAUGACAAAGUCGUCAAAGCUUGAGGAGCCGCCACCGCCUCCGGGGGCUUCACCCUCUGUGCCCGGGAGCCUAUUCCCGGAAGUAGAGCCGAAGACAUUGGAACUAGGGACAGAUCCUGUGCUUGACUCUCCGCAGGAUGACGGUACUUGUUGGCUUGUCUUUCGCCUGCUGCAGAUAGGUUUUGAUUGCAGCUAGCCUAGAACAAAGAAGUCAGAAAGAUUUGGAACGAAUUAUUGUAGUUUCAACUUCAAGAUUAUCCCCUUUUUCUAUUCGUUUCCGUGAUCACAGGUGCUGAAGACGAACGGGUCGAGUUGGACUCUGUGACCGGAAAAGAAGCAAAAUUAGACUUUUCUGGCGGACACACUUGUCAUGAAUAUGAUGCAGAUGUCUGA